AAGGUGACAAAUACCCCGUACCGAAAACCUUCCGACUCGUCGUUCAACGACUGGAGACGGAGUCACCUGCAAGAUGUUUGGCAUGUUUGUUUGGGUUCCCAAAUCGGGCAGCGUUGCAUUGCUUCCAAGGUUGAAUGGCGCCAUGAUCAUGACAAAGGAUUCUAAGUUUAGAUGAUCGACUGUGGCCUUCUUGGCACAGGGAUUUACUGAGUACUGACGUAGUCUGAUACUCUACCUUGACGUGGAUCGUCGGGUUGGCGCCAACAAACAAAGAACAGUCGGAUUUACCACCUCGGAGAUACUCGCGGCAAUUGCCAUUCCUGUUCAACUCCGAGAUGUUUAUAGAAUGCAUGUCCAAUGCAUAUAAACAGAGUCAGGCCGGGUUGCAAACCCAACUCCCAUUCAACAGAUUCCAGGAAACGAAGUAAGAAAAAACAACAGAAGCAUAAACCAUGACCGGACUGAACGUCCUUAUCUGCGGUGCUGGCAUUACCGGUAAUGCCCUGGCCUUUUGGCUAUCAAAGAUGGGCCACCACGUCACGGUCAUUGAAAGGUAUUCGAGCUUGCGUGCCACCGGGCUGCAAGUCGACCUCAGAGAACCGGGUAUCACAGUCUUGCGGCGAAUGGGCCUCGAGCAACAAUUUCGUGCCAAGUCCAUUCACGAACAGGGCAUGGAAAUCGUCGAUGAUGCCGGCAAACGCAAGGCAUACUUCGCCGCCAAUCGAUCCGGCAUGGGAAUGCAGAGCUUCACCACAGAUUAUGAGAUCAUGCGAGGCGACCUCUGUCGACUAUUAUAUGACGCCACCAAGGACCGCGCAACAUUCGUCUUCGGAACGACGGUCGAGAGCUUCACGCAGCGGGAAAACCACGUCGAGGUAGAGUUUUCCGAUGGCCGCCACGACCAGUUUGAUCUAUUGGUAGGUGCCGAUGGACAAGGCUCUCGCACACGCAGAAUGAUCCUUGGAUCCGAGCCAGAUCCAUUUCACCCAUUGGGGGUUCACAUGGGAUAUUUCACCGUUCCACGGGAGAUUCAACCUGGGGAGGAGUACAACGCGGCAAUAUACAUUGCUCCUGGGCGGCGCUUUAUCUUCACCCGGAGGCAUAGCCCGCAUGCCAUGCAGGUUUACCUUGCGUGCAAAACAGACUCGGAUCGACUGAAUAAGGCACGCGGAAACAUCAAGGAGGAAAAGGAUGGCUUGGUGGAGGUCUUUCGUGGGGCAGGAUGGCAGACGGACCGGAUUCUCAAAGAACUCCAGAGCGCGGAUGAUUUCUACUGCGAGCGCCUGGGGGUGGUCAGAAUGGACUCCUGGUCUGCCGGCCGAGUCGCACUGGUCGGAGAUGCGGCAUAUUGUCCAUCGGCGACCACCGGUAUGGGAACGACCUCGGGCUUGGUGGGGGCGUAUAUCCUCGCGGGAGAGAUCAGCAAGUUUCAUCAAGCAAAUCUCGCGCCAAAGGAUCGCCUCCUCCUCGCUCUCAAGGCGUAUGACGACACAUAUCGACCUUUUAUGUCACAAGUUCAGAAGGGAAUCGAAAAGGGCUCGACAUUCUGGGACUACACCCCAUCGUCAUCGUGGGGGAUUACCGUUGUGCACAUUCUCUUAUGGGUAGCUGCUUUCCUGCGAUUGGAUAUCCUCAGCCAAUGGUUCAUCCGUGAGGAUACAACCUGGGUCUUGCCGGAUUAUAAACAGAUGGAGCAGAGCUGACCGCAUUACAGCUUCAUAUUGCCUGACUUCUGGUUUGGAGGAAGGUCAAAUUGUCUUUCUUUUAACCUUGUAACACAUUCAUGUACACAGUCUCUAUCAAUUUUAGCGGCGGAGAGGGGAUAUGAAUGCUCUAAGGAUUUAGUUUAACUAAUGAUAAUAGGGAGGAAGCAAUUAAGCUACCCAUUAUACUUAUGUCCAAAGUCUUUAAU